CCCCAAGAGCGUCCUGUGUGGUUUCGCAAGAUCUGACAUUGAAGCGAAGGUAAGAAAACGCUCAAUAUGACAGCCGGAUGACAUCAGACCUCGAUAGACACAGAUGUUAUUAAACUGAAUGCAUUCGGAUCUCACCUACCAACUGACAUAACGGUUUCUCCAGGCUAAUUCUUCUGCAGGGUGCCCCGCGUGCCCGUCGCAGCAGGCGCCAUGGCGACAGCGGCGUCCCUGGACCCGGACCUGGUGCGGGAGGUCCUGGAGUGCCCCAUCUGCCUGGAGACGUACAACCCGGAGCAGCUGCGGCCCAAGCUGCUGCAGUGCGGCCACACGGUUUGCCGGCAGUGCCUGGAGAAGCUGCUGGCCAGCACCAUCAACGGCGUGCGCUGCCCCUUCUGCAGCAAGGUGUCGCGCAUGAGCAGCAUCUCGCAGCUGGCCGACAACCUGACCGUGCUCAAGAUCGUGGACGGCGCCAGCUCCUGCGCCUCGGCGGCGGGCCUCAUGUGCCGCUCCUGCAAGAACCGGCUGCCGCGGCAGUACUGCCCGGACUGCGGCCUGGUGCUGUGCGACGCCUGCAAGGGCGAGGGCCACCAGCACCAGGGCCACGGCGUGCUGAGCAUCCGCUCGGCCGCCGAGCAGCGGCGCAAGGAGCUGGGCGGCCGGCUGGCGGCGCUGCGCGAGACCAUGGGCUGCAUCCAGAAGAAGAAGGCGGCCAUCGACAGCGUGUCCAAGUCGCUGCGGCUCAAGUACAAGGCGGUGCAGCAGGAGUACGCCCGGGCGGAGCUGCGGCUGCAGGAGGAGCUGGGCCGCUCCCGCCGCGCCUUCGCCGCCUCCCUGGCCGAGGUGGAGAAGCUCAACGCUCAGAUCCUGGAGGAGCAGACCUACCUGCUGAACAUCGCCGAGGUGCAGGUGGUCUCCCGCUGCGACUACCUGACCACGCGCAUUCGCCAGUCCGACAUCGCGCUGCUGGAGGACGGGGCCAGCAGUGACGAGGACGAGCCCGACCUCAAGGGCAGCCUGCCAGCCCUGCUGAAGCUGCAGGACCCCGAGCUGGUAAAGACCGAGUACCCCAAGCCCCUGGACGUGGGCCAGCUCAGCACCAAGCCCUGCACCGUCAACACGGACGAGGAGGAUGGCCAGGAGCUGGCGGCCGCCGCCGGUGCCCCGCUGGACCUCUACCGCGACAUCGACAUGAUCACAGCCGUGGAGGAGGCCGUCUGCGCCUCUCCCGGCAGCUUCAAGUCCAAAUCGGUGGACGGGGGCGGGGCCACGGGCGCGGGGCCGGGGACAGGGGCAGGGCCAGGGGCGGGAUCUCAGGUGUGCCAGUUUGUUAAGAAGAUGGGCUGCAAGGGCAACCUGCCGGGCAUGUUCAACCUGCCGGUCAGCAUCUGCGUCACCCCCCAGGGGGAGGUGCUGGUGGCCGACCGGGGCAACUACCGCAUCCAGAUCUUCAACCGCAAGGGCUUCCAGCGCGAGAUCCGCCGCAACCCCAGCAGCAUUGACAACUUUGUGCUCAGCUUCCUGGGCGCCGACCUGCCCAACCUCAUCCCCCUGUCCAUCGCCAUCACGCCCCAGGGCCUCAUCGGCGUCACUGACAACUACGACAACUCUGUGAAGGUGUACACCACCGACGGGCACUGCGUGGCCUGCCACAAGAACCAGCUCAUCAAGCCCUGGGGCAUCGCCGCCAUGCCGUCGGGCCAGUUCGUGGUGUCUGACGUGGAGGGCGGCAAGCUGUGGUGCCUGGCGGUGGACCGCAACGUCGGCGUGGUGAACUACAACCGGCUGUGCUCGGCCGUGCGGCCCAAGUUCGUGACCUGCGACCCCUUGGGGACGGUGUACUUCACACAGGGGCUGGGGCUGAACAUCGAGAACCGGCACAACGAGCACCACCUGGAGGGCGGCUUCUCCAUCGGCUCGGUGGGCGCCGACGGGCAGCUGGGCAAGCAGCUCAGCCACUUCUUCUCCGAGAGCGAGGACUUCCGCUGCAUCACCGGCAUGUGCGUGGACGCCAACGGCGACCUGCUGGUGACGGACAGCGGCCGCAAAGAGAUCCUGCGCUUCCCCAAGGAGGGCGGCUUCAGCGUGCUCAUCCAGGAGGGCCUCACCUGCCCUGUGGGCGUGGCCGUCACCCAGAAGGGACAGCUGCUGGUGUUGGACUGCUGGGACCACUGCGUCAAGGUGUACUCGUACCUGCAGAGGCGACGCUCGUCCACCUGCUAGAGCUUGUGCGCGUGCAUGCGGGUGGGCGGGGCCAGUAUCCGCGGAGAUGUGCGUGUCACUCUAUUAUCUGUCAGUUUCCUCUGUGGUUGAAUUCCAGACCGCUCCCGAUGUCCCUGCUACCCCACUCCCCUCUGAAGUCUGACCAGGUACGACAGCCUCGCUAACUGAUCUGAGUUCAGUAGGGAGUGGGGGCUUAGUUUGCAACGCGCCUGUGUCUACCAUCUGGACUGCCUCUGUGUUUUAUUUUGUAUAAUAGCACAACAGAGAGCAAUAAAUAACCAGUGUUGUCAUGCUAUGAAAAAAAAUAUAUAACAUUGACAGUCAAUCUCUCAGUAUUCACAACUCUUUUAUAACUACUGUACUGUACAGAUAAUGUGAUAUGAAAUAAUGAAGAUGGACAAAGAAGUUUACUUCAAUAAAAAAAGCCAUUUGCUGUGCUAUAUGAAGGAAACACCUCUUUCUGGAACAUAAUUGGGCCUAAUUUUUAGACCUCCAAUAUUACAUUACAUUACACUACACUACAUUACUGUCAUUAAGCAGAGUCUUAUUCAGAGAGACAUUUACACAUGUGGGUAUUUACUGAGGCAGCUCUGGUUUAAGAACCCUGCAAGGGUACAGCAGCAGUGCCCCAGCGGGGAAUCGAGCUGGCAACCUUUCGGUUAUGAGCCCUUCUCCUUACCACUGCCACCCCCAUAUUGUGACCCCAUCCCACGGCACUGACGUGUAUCUCAUGUAGAUGUGACGUUUCCUGUCGUUAGCGCAGCCUCAGUGUGGGUGUGUCCCUCAGUUUGCACAGACACAGCAGACUCCACCCACACGCCACUGGAUGACCUCACCCGUAAUGGCAGUUUUAUUGAACCAAGGAAGUAC